GGCGUGGCGCUCUAGCCAAGAGCAGUGAACCAAGGGACUGACAGAAUUUGGCCCGUCUAGGAAGCAGCCCUCUCUCGCUCAGCGUUUGGGAGGAGAGCGGAGCGCGCGAAGUUUUGGCGGGAGCGACCUGCAAGCUGCUCUUCGCCUCAGAAGCUCUGAGGAAGCAGAGCUCCGCCCCUUCUCGGGAAAGGGGCGGAGGAAGGAGCGGGUAAGGGAGGGCGGCCUCAGAGGGAGCUUUUCCCAUUUGGACUUCGCCGAAGCGAGAGGCCGGAUGGGGGCUCCGGGGUCUUCGCGGGCGGGAGCAGCAGCAGCCCCCGUGGCCCUUCAGGCGGGAGGUGAGGACGACCCGAACGGCCUCCCCGAGGUGCCCCACAGCUCCGAGGCCGAGCGCCGGCGCUUCCGCAGCUACCGCCCCCAAGAGGACGAGGGGCCCCGGGCGCUCUGCAGCCGCCUGCACUGGCUGUGCCGCGGGUGGCUGCGGCCUGAGCGGAGCGGCAAAGCCGAGAUCCUGGACCGGGUGGUGCUGGAGCAGCUGCUGGCCCUGCUGCCCCCGGAGCUGGCGGACUGGCUGCGGGAGUGCGGGGCGGAUAGCUGCGCCCAGGCGGUGGCCCUGGCCGAGGGCUUCCUGCUCGGCCCGCCGCCCUCCUGCAACCCCCGGGAGCCCCCCGGAGAGAGCCGGCAGCAGCCAUUCAUGGGAGAGAUCUCAACAAUGCUCCAAGGAAAAGGAGAUCCAUUCUUUUAUUCUGAAGAGCUUUCUUUCAGUAACAUCAAACUGGGGCCACCUUGCCAGUUGCAGGAGCCAUUCAUGGGAGAGAUCUCAACAGUGCUCCAGGGAAGAGGAGAUCCAUUCUUUUAUUCUGAAGAGCUUCCUUUCAAUAACAUCAAACUGGGGCCACCUUGCCAGUUGCAGGAGCCAUUCAUGGGAGAGAUUUCAACAGUGCUCCAGGGAAGAGGAGAUCCAUCCUUUUAUUCUGAAGAGCUUCCUUUCAGUAACAUCAAACUGGGGCCACCUUGCCAGGACACUCAUCCCUUUGAGGAGGUGGCUGUGGACUUCACAGAGGAGGAGUGGGCACUGCUGGAUUGUGGCCAGAAGGCUUUGUACAGUGAAGUCAUGCUGGAGGUUUCUAAGAACAUGGCUGCUCUGGGUGAUGGUGAUAGGCUAGAGAAUGAGAAUGACAACCAGCUUAGAUUAUUUAAACUGCAAAUGGCAGUGUCUUCAAAGAGCCCUUGCUUCUCUUUUACUUUGCCUAAAAUGCUGCAUAGAAAGCACAAACCACAAAAGUAUGUAAAAUAUGAGAGGGAUUUCAGUCUAAACAAAGAGAUGAAAAUAUGCAUGGAGUGUGGAAAGAGCUUCAGUACGAACUGUAGUCUUCAUCGCCAUCAGAGGAUACACUCAGGUGAGAGGCCAUAUAAAUGCACUGAAUGUGGGAAAGCCUUCAGUACAAACUGUCAUCUGAGUCGCCAUAAGCGGAUCCACACAACUAAAAAAUCAUAUAUUUGCAAGGAUUGUGGAAAGAUUUUUACUCGGAAAGGGCAACUUGCUUUUCAUGAAUGGAUCCACACAGGAGAGAGACCUUAUAAAUGCACAGAAUGUGGAAAAACCUUCAGUACAAACUAUAAUCUGAGUCGCCAUCAGCAGAGCCACACAACUAAGAAAUCAUACAGUUGCAAGGAUUGUGGAAAGAUUUUUACUUGGAAAGGGCAACUUACUUUUCAUGAAUGGAUCCACACAGGGGAGAGAUCUUAUAAAUGCACAGAAUGUGGAAAAGCCUUCAGUACAAACGAUAAUCUGAGUCGCCAUCAGUGGAUCCACACAAGUGGAAAACCAUAUAGUUGCAAGGAGUGUGGAAAGACAUUCACGGAGAGUAGUGAUAUUAUUUCCCAUCAAAGGAUCCACACAGGAGAGAGACCAUAUAAAUGCCUGGAAUGUGGAAAGAGUUUUUUUGACAACAGUCACCUUACUCAACAUCAAAGGGGACAUACGAGGGAUAAACUGCAUAAAUGUUUGCAGUGUGGAAAGAGCUUUACUUGGAAAGAAGACCUUAAUACUCAUAAAAAGAUUCACAUAGGAGAAAAACCAUAUAAAUGCCUGGUGUGUGAAAAAAGCUUUUCUUGGAACUCGGGUCUUAUUCGUCAUAAUGUGAUCCACACUGGGGACAGCCCAUAUAAAUGCAUGGAGUGUGGAAAGACUUUUUUCUUCUACAAAGACCUAACUCGCCACCUAAGGAUGCAUACGGGGGGGAAACCGCAUAAAUGCUUGGAGUGUGGAAACAAAUUUCGUUGGUACCCAGAACUUAUUGCUCAUAAGAGGAUCCACACUGGGGAGAGACCAUAUAAAUGUAUGAAAUGUGGAAAACAGUUUGCUCAGAAAAAACAUCUUACUAAACAUGAAAUAAUCCAUACAGGGGAGAAACCACAUAAAUGCACAGAAUGUGGAAAGUGCUUUGCUCAGAAAGGGCGACUUAAUUUUCAUAAGAAGAUCCACACUGGAGAGAAACCAUAUAAAUGUAUACAAUGUGGGAAAGCGUUUAUUCGGAAAAAUAGUCUUAUUAGUCAUGAAAGAAUCCAUACAGGAGAGAAACCAUUUCAAUGUACAGAAUGUGGAAAGAGCUUUGCUGAGAAAAGCCAACUUAAAAUUCAUCAGACAGUCCAUACAGGGGAAAAACCAUUUCAAUGUACAGAAUGUGGAAAGAGUUUUGCUCAGAAAAGACAUCUUAAAUUUCAUCAGACAGUCCAUACAGGGGAGAGACCGUAUAAAUGCACAGAAUGUGGAAAGAGCUUUGCUCAGAAAAGACAUCUUAAAUUUCAUCAGACAAUCCAUACAGGGGAGAAACCAUUUCAAUGUACAGAAUGUGGAAAGAGCUUUGCUCGGAAAGGAAAACUUAAAAUUCAUCACACAAUCCAUACAGGGGAGAAACCAUUUCAGUGUACAGAAUGUGGAAAGAGCUUUGCUCAGAAAAGCCAACUUAAAAUUCACCAGACAAUCCAUACAGGAGAGAAACCAUUUCAAUGUACAGAAUGUGGAAAGAACUUUGCUCAGAAAAGCCAACUUAAAAUUCACCAGACAAUCCAUACAGGAGAGAAACCAUUUCAAUGUACAGAAUGUGGAAAGAGCUUUGCUCAGAAAGGAAAACUUAAAAUUCAUGAGACAAUCCAUACAGGAGAGAAACCAUUUCAAUGUACAGAAUGUGGAAAGAGCUUUGCUCAGAAAGGACAACUUAAAUUUCAUCAGACAAUCCAUACAGGGGAGACACCGUAUAAAUGCACAGAAUGUGGAAAAGCCUUCACAAGAUACUCUAAUCUGACUCGCCAUCAGCGGAUCCACACGUUAAAAACCAUAUAGUUGCCAGGAGUAUGGAAAGAUAUUCACUGAGAGUAGUGGUAUUAUUUCCCAUCAAAAGAUCCACCCAAGGGAGAAACCAUAUAAAUGCCUAGAAUGUAGAAACAGCCUUAUUGACAACAGAGAUUUUAUUCGACAUCAAAAAUUCCACACAGCAUAAAUGCUUGGAGUAUGGAAAAAGCUUCACUCAGAAAGGGAAACUUAAUUGUCAAAAAAGGAUCCACAAAGGAGAGGGACAAUAUAAAUGCAGAGUGUGGAAAAAGCUUUUGUCAGAAAUGAUAACUUAUUUGUCAUAAGAGGAUCCAUACUGGGAAAAGACCAAAUAAACAUAUAGAAUAUGGAAAGGGCUUCAGUUCAAACUGUAAUCUUAUUUGUCAUCAGAACAUCCACACAAUUGAAAAACCAUAUAACUGUAAAGAGAUUAAGUUGAGAGUAGUGAUAUUUCCGAUCACAGGAUGCACACAGGAGAGAGAUUAUAGAAAGGCUUGUAGUAUGGGGAAAGCUUUAACAAUUACAAGACAUUGUCUCAUGAAAGAAUGCACACUGGGGAAAAUCCAUAUAAAUGCACAGAGUGUGGAAAGGACUUUUCUUGGAAAGGACAACAUAAAUCUCAUAAAAAUGUGCCCACAGAAAAAAAUCAUAUAAAUUAUGCAAUGAGCUUCAUUCAGACAAAGUCAACUUGUUCAGCAGAAGGGAAGAAAGCUUAUUGCAUAGUAUAUGCAAAGAUAUUUUGGUUGAUCUGUAAUCUUAUUCAUGAUCCUGUGAAGGUUUUUUAUUUUCCAAGCAGUGGGCACAGCACAGCAUUAAUAAAUGAGUACACCGUG